CGUCUCUUCCCACUUCGUACUCCCCUGUCUGUCCGUGCCAGCAUUAUCCGAUAUUUGGAGAGAAGGGGGCGCUUCGUUGUUGCCCAAAAUCCCCGCCCUCUCUAUCUCGACCAUGCGCUCAUUAGCAUCUCCCCUUUGUCUAAUUCCGUCUUCGGCGAAUCUGAUUAAUGCUGCUGCCCCUCUCCAAAUCUAUCCAAACAAACGGUUGGUAAAUCAGGGGGUGAGGAGGGACAUUCGCCUCUUCUCAACGCGCUUUCCAUUUCAUGCCUUACAUUCUCAGAGACGACCAGAAAACAAUGUGAAUCAAGACACGGAUGAAAUGUUUGAUGACUUAUUUGAUAAGUACGGAAAGGUGGUGUUCAGAAGAAGUGAUCAAAAGCCUCCCAGUGCUGAGGCAGAUGAUGAUGCAGAAAGCCUGUCAUUUGCUGUUGCUCUUGCCAAGGUUGCAAAUGAGGUGAAGGCUGCAGAUAUCCGUGUUCUCUUUGUGAAGCCUCUUGUAUACUGGACUCGCUUUUUCAUCAUUGUAACAGCUUUUUCUCGCCCUCAAAUUGAUGCAAUAGGGUCCAAAAUAAGAGAUUUAGCUGAGAAACAGUACAGGAAAGUUGCGUCUGGAGACACCAAACCCAACUCAUGGACCUUACUGGACUUUGGUGAUGUAGUUGUCCACAUAUUUCUUCCCCAACAAAGAGCAUUCUAUAACUUGGAAGAAUUCUAUGGCAAUGCAACACCCAUCGAGUUGCCCUUUGACACUCGAUCAUCCUUUCGCGGCUGAAAGGAGUCCACAGCCUUCCAAGUCAUGAAAUUCCUGGUAGAUACAGAUGACGCUUGACUGAAAAUGGGCAGUUCCAUCAUUGAGCCUCCUUUAUUUGUGCUGCAUUCCUCUAGACUGCUUUAGUCUCAUUUCCGAGGAGUCCUGAUGGGUCUUAUGCAGAUGGAUUUAGCUAAACUUCAAGGAUAGGAGAGGAAUUUUAAUUGGGAGUAAUUCUUCUUGGUCUCACAAAUGAAUGUAGUUUGCUUCCUAUUAUUUGUUAAUUUUCCCAAUGGCCAUUUACUUGCAUUGGACAGUUGUGAAUAGGAAGAAAAGCAAGGUGAACUCUUCAUUUU